AUGUUGUCACUCAAGCGGUUACCACUUGCUUUGGUCUUGGUGUGGUCAAGGUUUUCCUUCACAGCCUUGGCGCAAGAUCAAAAUGUCCAGUUCAACCAAGUUGUCAACAUCAACGGCGAUAUGCAACUGAACCGCAUCAUCAUGCCCGACCAGUCGAGAAUCGAGACCUUCUCACAAACGCAGCGUCAAGUCAUCGUCAACCAAAAUCCUGCGCCUUUGCCAGCGACCCAUGUCGUCGGCAGCACGGGGCAGCCUUUCAUGCAGCUGUCGCCGAAUGCCAUGACUAUCCAAACGAAUCAGGCCACCGAUCUCGUGGGUGGCUCUAUCAUCAUGCCUUUCGAUCGCAACGCCCUCCAGCAGAACCAGAUCACCCCCGAUAACACCUUCGUUGCGAAGCUCUCCCCUGACCGGCAAGCAUGGAUCAUCCUUGAGGGUGACAAGUCUGUGAACGAGGGCGAAUCGAAUGUCCGUAUGACCCGCAUGACCAACAUUGAUGGCGAGUAUGUCGUAGUUGGCCGCCGCACUACCGAGACUGGUGUUUCCCUCACCCAGUUCAGCCAAGACCCAAACCAAGCUGUCCAAAUCCAGGGAUCGGGCAUCCAGGAGGUCGAGUUUCAAGACGGCUUCCGCAUGUCUAUCCGUGCAAGCCAGCCCAUGUCUAUUCAGGUCAACGUUGUCAACGGCGUCAGCUCGGGCAUGAUCAUCAGCGGCACUCAGCCCGUCAUGAACGCCGAACGCCUGAUGCAGACUGCCCAGCAGAUGGGAGCCGGCCCCAAUGAUGCCGUCGCUCUCAGCAUCGAGCAGCGCGCUGUUAUCCAGAACCCCGGUGGCGCAACUGGUCAGCUGUCGCCUGCCCGUCCCAACAAACGCCAGGAGGCCACUCCUAGUGACCCGGCCGCUACCGACACUGCUGCGUCUUCUGCUGCUCCCACUCAGACGCCGGAUGCUCAACAGAGCCCUCCUGCAGAGAGCCAGCCGCCCACUCCCCCCGCCCAGGACCAGCAGCCGCCCCCUCAGCAAGACCAGCAACCUCCUCCUCAGCAGGGCGAGCAACCUCCUCCACAGCAGGGUCAGCAACCUCCUCCUCAGCAGGGUCAGCAACCUCCUCCACAGCAGGGUCAGCAACCUCCUCCUCAGCAGGGCCAGCAGCCCCCUCCGCAACAGGGUCAACAGCCCCCUGCUUCCCCCCCUCCUCCCCCUCCUCCUGCUCAAGGCGUUGCCCCUCCUCCGGCUGCCACACUGCUGCUCCUGGAGUCGAAAACCUCAUUCCUAAAGACACUUGACACGUUCGCACAAACGCUGCCUUGUGGGAACAGAGUCGAGGGAACGAUGGCUGGAGAGAUUCUGUAUGGUACUCUCGUCAACGAGGCGGCUGGUCUGCUCUUCUCGAGCUCAUGUGGAUAA